AAAUAUGUAAGCUUUCGCCCUCGUAGUGACUGAGCGAGGCCGAGUCUGAACAAAGACAUUCACCCUCCCUUGUUACGAAUCCCCCGCCUAUUUUAUGUAAGGGAGUUCUUGGCUUGCCUUUAAAGGUUAACUUGACCGCCAAUAUCGAAAGCUCCGAAUGUAGCUAGUUCGCUUUCUUCCAUCGGCCUUCAAAACAGAAGAUGUCCCAAAUUUCUCAAACGGGCGAAAAGGGGGGGAGAUGCGUCCGUUCCUCCCCCUGAAUCCGAGAAACUCAACUGGAGUACCAUUCCGGAAGAUGUCUUCAAGUUCAUGGAAAUACGCACUGCCGCCAAAUCCGCUGAAUAUCUUCCCAUACUCCAUGCCAUGAAAGAGAGCAAUCCUCGCUUAAAGCUCCUUGACGUUGGCGCUGGCUCAGGGUCAAUGUCUGCCUCUUUUGCCCAGAUAAUCGGGCCGGAGGGACAUGUUACAGCUGUUGACAUAAAUCCUGUCGUUAUUCCUCGGGCCAAAAUUGUGGCCGAGAAGUGGGGAGUAACGAACAUUUCGUUCCAAACGGCAGAUGCAUACAAGCUGCCCUUCGAAGACGCAACCUUCGAUGUCGUUCAUUGUCAUCAGGUUCUCAACCAUAACAAGGAUCAAUGGGAGAUUCUUCGCGAAAUGCUCCGCGUCACUAAACCUGGUGGCGUAGUAGCUGCUCGUGAAGGAGACCUUGAGACAGAAGUCAUAUGGCCUCCACUCCCUGGGGUAGUGAAAUUCCACUUUGACCUCGAGGUUAAGCUUAUCACAGGUCGUGGUGGAUGCGCAACGUCCGGAAGACAGCUUCUUUCUUGGGCUCUCAGGGCUGGCGCAAAAAGAAGUCAAAUCAUGACUAGUUUCGGCACCUGGAGUUAUACCGAACCUGAGGAUAGGAAAUUCUGGGCUUCGGGUAUGGCCGGUAUAGCCUUAGGACCUAUCGUAAGGGAGAGAAACAUCAAAUCUGGAAUUACAACAGAGGAGAUGAAUGAGAUGCGUGAUGGAUGGGAAGAAUGGAUGAAAAGGGAUGAUGCAGUUUUGGCACAACUACAUGGACAAAUCAUCAUCCGAAAGUAGAUACACACGGAGACGAAUUAUGGUAACGCACAAAGAUUGACAAAUGAACCAAGGAAAUACAUAGAAAAUAACCUCCCAAACUACCACAGAAUCAGCCCG